AUGCGUCACUGGGCGCACAGCACCAGCACCCUCCUGUCCCCAGCCAGGAGCGUGGGGGCAGACAUCCUGGUAUCCAGGAUGGAGAGAGAAGAGAGGGAGACCCUGGCCAACGAGGCAGAGGAGAUGAGUGGAAAAGCUGACAUGACCCUGGACCCAGACACCGCCAACCCCUUCCUCAUCCUGGCUGGUGACCAGAGAAGCGUGGGACGGGGGGAUGAGUGGAUCUCGCUGCCCAACAACGCUGAGCGGUUUGACAGGGAGCCGUGCGUGCUGAGCAGCCAGGGCUUUGACACAGGGAGGCACUGCUGGGAGGUGGAGGGGGCUG